GGUUCUCUCACAUCUUCAGUUCGCCUUCAGUGUGAUUUUGAUCCGUUCUUAGCUUUCAAGAUUCGAAUUCUUUUUUACAAGAGUUUAAACUCAGUUUUCGUUGUACUAUUUUGUAGUAUUAACGGUGAUAUAUCGAGUUGGACCAAAUGACCAACCGUUUUUUUAAAACGAUUUUAAUAAAGUAAUUUUCAUGUGUUUAUGUGCCAAAGACAUCAUAUUCUUUGCCCUAGAAUCUCAGGGUUGUAACGUGGACGAAGCUAGCCCAGAUACUAGCAGCCUUCUACUUCCUUACAAUUGGAAAAUUUUCCUCAACGGAGAGCCGCCUUGGGUUUGCUAGCUGACACCUAAACUUUAGCCAGCUACCUUUUACCUACACACAAACCUGUGCGAAUCUGAGCACAGGCUGCCUCCUUGCUUAUUUCACCAUAAAUUUUUAACUGUACUUAACGGUCCCAUUUCUAACUAAAACCACAAAAAUGAAAAUCGUCAACUCGGAGGAAAACGUCCACAUUUUGGAUUCUCAAGAGAACGUAUGGUCGGUGAUAAGGGAUAUCGCCUACAACACGAACCAGGAAGAGGCGUUCUACAUCUUUGACGUGGGUGAUCUCGUCCGGAAGCAUAAAAUAUGGAAAACCAAGCUGCCAAGAGUCGAACCUCAUUACGCUGUGAAGUGUAAUGACAGUAUGACUGUCUUGGAGGUACUGAACACAUUGGGAGCAGGCUUCGAUUGUGCGUCUAAAGCCGAAAUCAACAAAGUGCUAUCUUUGGACGUCAGGCCGAACCGCAUCAUCUUUGCUAAUCCGGCUAAGCCCGCCAGCCACAUACGCCACGCGGCGUCCGUCGGUGUUUCUCGAAUGACCUUCGAUAACGAAAUGGAACUCCAUAAAGUGAAGAAGCUCUAUCCUGACGCCGAAAUGGUCAUCCGUAUUAGGAGUGACGCUCUAGAGGCGCGGUGUCCCCUAGGCAUGAAAUUCGGGUGUAAUCCGGUAACGGAAGCACCGGAAUUGCUGCGUAUAGCGAGGUCUUUGGACAUCAAUGUCAUCGGUGUCAGCUUCCAUGUCGGUUCUGGUUGUGGGGAGCCUCAAGCUUUCCGCAGGGCAAUCGCGGCGUCCCGUGAUGUGUUUGACUAUGCCAGCACCUUGGGGUACCAAUUCCACCUUUUGGACAUCGGCGGUGGAUAUCCGGGUGGUCGUGACACGUCGAUUGACGAGAUCGCCGAGAUAAUAAAUGCGGCCUUGGACGACUACUUCCCCGACCCGUGCGUUCAGGUAAUAUCGGAACCGGGCAGGUUCUACGUCACUUCAGCGUACACCCUGGCGUGCAACAUCUACUCCAUCCGCAAGGUCGUCGAGACCGACCCAGAAACGGGCAAAACCAGGAACACCCACAACAUGUACUACAUCAACGACGGGGUCUACGGCAGCUUCAACUGCAUCCUGUACGAUCAGCAGGUGAUCAAGCCGCAUCCCUUGAAGGAGUACCCGGGCGCCAAAUACCGCUCGAGCAGUAUCUGGGGACCGACGUGCGAUAGUCUGGAUCAGGUCGUCGAGAACAUCAUGCUUCCCGAGAUGAAAAUCGGGGAUUGGUUGGUGUUCGAGGACAUGGGUGCCUAUACGUUGCCGGUCGCCAGCCCGUUCAACGGUUUUCCGAUUCCGAAAGUCCACGUUAUCGCGGAAGAAAGUAUUUGGGUGUUGCUGAAAGAUCUCCUGACGUUGUCCGACGACCACUUCCAGAUGCUGAAGGUACCUUCGAAGAACAAGGAAGAAGACUAUUCCAAUUACACAUUACCAUCUUUUCCCAUUAGAAUCGAGAUUCCUCGCUGUAAUGACAGCUCGAUGUUGGGGGAGUACGUUCUCGACUACUCCAACGUCUUGUCCGUUGAGUAGAUUCCAAUUUGUUUUGAUCUUUUCGUCCACAAUUCUAGACCAAUAUUAUUUUCGUACUAAUUUAAUUACACAAUGUUUUUUACUUUUUUCUUAAUAUUUUCAUUAAUUUUUUUAAAAAAAUCGUGACGGAUAUUUUGUAAUUGUAAUUUUUUAAUGUCUAGGGCUUGAAUAGGGAUGUAAUUGUUAAAUGCAGUAUAUUAAUUGGGUUGUAGUUAACAGUGCUUGAUUGAUAUCGCGGGGAAUUCUUACGGUUUCCUGCGGUGAGAAGUAAGUACUGUUAAAUUUUAACUUUUCGGUGUAUAAGCAAGGGGGCAGCUUAAAGCUUAUUCAAUUUGGAUAAAUGUUCUUAAUAUUCAUCUUAGUGUAUUUUGAUGUAGGGUUAGCGCUCGAUUCAAGAAUAUACUGAGAUGUGUAUGUUUACGCUUGUAGAUUUAGAAAUGUGCUAUUAUAGAAAAUAUAUAAUGAUUGGAUAUUU